AAGAGACGGCCAUAGAGAGAAUAGAAGGAAAUUUGGGACGCUUUAUUGAGCGGCUUCAAUAAAUUGCAAAUCCUCGCCAGCGGCCGAAAUGCUGCCGUCCACGGGCCUCUUUAAGGGGUUCCUGUGCCCGUACUUCGAUGGCAAGGAUGCGGCGGCCUGCCAUCGGCCCUUUUGUCACUUCAAGCAUGCCCGCAAAGACGAUUUGGAGGCCGCUCCGCCCCCGGAAGCCGCUGCCGUGCCCGAGUACAAGCCGGCUCCCAAGCUGCUUUCCCUGCCACUGCCCCAGAUAACGCUGUGUGCGCCCAGGAAAAAGUCUAACCUGGAGUACCACCCGGAGAAGCCGGCUCUGAACGCCUCGCCUGCGAAAAAGAAACAGGAGGCGGCAGUAGACACUGCCCCCAAAUAUGUGCCCGGCCAGCCAUCAGCCGCUAAUGGCGUAGGCGAUGACGAUUGGCAGACAGUUCUCGAAAAAGAGAUCGACGAACAGAUGCAGGUGGAGAUCGAAGAACAAAGCCAUGACAACAAUGACAAUGAGAAGGUGCAGCUCGUGGUUAAGAACGAACAGGAGCUGCCGGAGGAGCAUCCAAAGAAAGUUGGGGAGAGCCCCAAAAGAGAACACAAGUCGACCAAGGAACGUGAAAAAGACAAGGAAAAGGAAAAAGUGAGAGACCGUGACAAGGAAAAGGUGAAUAACAGGGAUAAGGACAAAGACAUGUACAAGGACAAAGAGAAGUCCAAAGAAAAGGACAAGGAAAAGGAAAAGGAAAAGAAGGACAAGCGGAAGUCAUCUCACAGCGACAAGGAUCGAUCUAAGGACCGGCACACCUCCAGCUCAAGUUCCUCUAAGCACAAGUCCUCCAGCUCGUCUUCCAGCAAGAAGUCCUCCAGCAGUGAAAAGCAUCGUGAAGAGAAAAGCUCCUGUAGCAGGCACAAAAGCAGUUCCUCAUCAUCCGCGUCGAAGAGUCACCACCACAAUUCAAGUUCUUCGAGUUCGCGCUCCAAGAGCUCGAAGAGCACCUCGUCAUCCAGCAAGAGCACUUCCAAGAGUGAACAAGAGGCGGAAAAGGAAACGGAAGCAGCUGCAGCUCUACCAGAGUCUAGUGAUAACCUCGAUGAGCUGGACUUUGACUUCGAGGUGGACACCUCUGAGGGCGAAAUAGUGCGGCAAUGCGAAAUGAUAUUCGACGAGAUGGAGAAAAAGUUCGCGCAAAUGCACAAGGAUGAAGGCGGCGAGGCCAACCUAACUCGCAAAAGGAAGGCUCUUUCACCGGACAUUGACACCUUCACAGAAGCGGCGACAGCGGCAUUGCAGAAGCGUCGUGUGGCCCACGAGAACGCGGACAGGAACAAGCCACAGGCGGCUUCAUCAGUGGCUGUGCGCAAGCCCAAUCACAUCCGCAAUGCGAUGCAGGCGAUCUUUGACCGGCGUGCGGAACUGCGCCGUCAGGAAAAGAUGCAAGCCGAGGCCGCUGCCGAACAGCUACGUCAGGCCCAGGAGCGGGUACGUCAAGCGCAGGAGGAGCUCCGCCAGGCCAAGGUUAAUUCCAGCCUUACGCCCCUUAUCCCGCGAAGCGCUUUGAAUCCCCCAGUGCGUUCAGCUCGCAGCAUUGCACCUGUGGCCAACAUAGUGGCCAUAGCUCGGGCCAAGAAGAAGAUUGAGGAACUGCAGGCCGAGAAGAAGCCUGCCUUUACACCUGCGCAAUCCUUUAAGGGCGCUGGUCGGGUGGCCCACAAGCCCACGGCUGCACUGGACAAAGCUGCUCCAGUGGCCAGCGAGGCCAAUCCUGAGAAGCCGACCGUUUUGGAUCCCAGCAGCUCCAAAAUAUCUUAUAACGUGCGCAUACAGUAUUACGAGAUGAUGGUGAAGCACUGCACCGUCAUCUAUCCGCAGCUAGCAGACGCGUGGGAGCGGGCCCAAGUAGAGGAGUUGGGCGUCUUCAAGAAGUGCAACACUCCAGCCAUCUACAAGAACAGCUGCAUGCUGGCGAUUAACAAGCUUCGCAAGGAGGCUAUCGAGGCGGGAAACAGGCCAAGCGUGGCCAGCAAGACGGUGUCUCAUGAGAUGAUGCUUGGCGGGAAGCGGGCUCUUACCACCUCCUGGAGCGUAGAGAAAAAGGAGUGGGUGGUUAAUUUAAAUAUUGGAUAUUGUUUAUAUGCAACUGGGAUAUUCUUGAAAACUCCAAAACUGGGCUCCUUGGGAAAUGGAGAACCUUUCGAUGCUUUGGACGCAGAGAAAGCGUACGAAAUGGUCUUCGAUCUUCGCCUGACGGACGACCAGUUGGUGGAGAACGGCUAUCCACGACCGGGCGAGAAGCGUGGAUCGGCGGUUAUACGCGCCUGCCGACCAAACCGUCGACCCAACCAGAGCGAACGCUACUGUUCUCGCUGCGGCAAGGUUUUCAGUUUAAACAUAUAUGAGCACCAGGGCUUCGACAUGUGCAACUACCAUCCGAAAAGCACGGGAUACCGGCGAGGAUUUACUGACAACCAGCACCGAUGCUGUCAGCAGCCGGCGGGCACUCCGGGUUGCACCUACGGCAACUACCACGUCAGCGAUUACUAUGACCCGGACAAGCUAACCUGCUUCGUGAAGACGAUCGAGCGGGGUGAUGAGUUAGUGCCCACCAAAAAGGACAUAUUCGCCUUGGAUUGCGAGAUGUGUUACACGACUCAUGGUAUAGAGUUGACGCGCGUCACCGUGGUAGACAUAAACGGACGCAGCGUGUACGACGCCCUGGUCAAGCCGGACAACCAGAUUGUGGACUAUAAUACCACCUACUCGGGCAUCACAGAGGUCAUGCUCUCGAAAGAGACGCGCAAUAUACGCGAUGUUCAGGCCGUGCUGAUGUCCAUGUUUCAUGCCAAAACCGUGCUUGUUGGCCACAGUUUGGAGAGCGACCUAAAGGCACUUAAACUCAUUCAUGACGUAGUGGUGGACACCUCGGUGCUAUUUCCGCACAAAAUGGGACCGCCGAAGAAGCGCGCUCUAAAGACACUCUGCAUCGAAAACCUUAAGCGCAUUAUACAGGAGAAUGAGGCCGGCCACGAUAGUGCCGAAGAUGCAGAGGUGUGCAUUCAGCUAAUCAAGUACUAUCUUCGCAACAAAAUCAGUUGAGCUGCCUUAAUAUACCAACAUCAGCAAUUAGUUCAAAAACAUUACAUACAUCUGUUAAUAUGUAUACCAUGCCCAUUUAAAAAUCAAAGCCUUAGCCCCUAAUCGACACAUAUUUUCUAAGCUUAAUCUGUAUUUAUAAAUAAAUCAUUAAGAUAUAACAGCGGGAAAGUACUGGUCCUUUUUUUUUGUAGUAUAAGUGUAAUCCAGUUUUCAACUCAUAAAUUAUAUAAAAGUCUAUAAAAAUCCAUAAUUUGAGAUUUUAUUAUUUAAGUUCAAUAAGUUAAUUUGAAAUAUAACAACUUAUAAUUUAUAAUCUCCUAAA